CAGUUACAAUCGUUCCUCGGUUGAAUACAGUUCGUAGAAGAAAAAAUUAUUAAAAAAUAUAUAUUUUUUUUUUAAUUUGAUAAAUUUAUUUUCGAUACAAAGUUUAAAGUCCUACAGUAACUUUUGGCGGGGAUUUUUUAAUGACUUUAAAACCGAGUUGUUAUAUAUCUCUCGGGUAUUUUCGUAAUUGUUUUAUUAUUUUUUUUAUUUUAUUUCAAUGUGUAGCUGACUCACGCCCAUGCGAGACUGAGAAUUACUCACAACUCACAAGUCGAGUCACCUCGAGCAGUACUCGAUUAUAUCGCGACGUGAUAUCAUCUGUAUUUUAUAAAUAAUAUUUAAAAUUAUUUAUUUAUACUUGUGUUUUAUUUAAUUUUUUAAGUUUAAUUACAAAUUUAUUGUGAUAUCAAUUUUCAUACAAUGAAUUGGUUUAAUUGUGUUGAAAAUUUUUUUAUUAAAAAAUAAUUAAAUUGUUUUUUCUACUUGUGCGUUUAAAUAUAUACAGUGAUUUUUUUAUUUUUCAUUGUGACAGUAAGGAUUAUUUAUUGCUGCAAUCAUGGUGCAUCAUUGGCAAAGUCAUAAUGUCAAAGUAUCAGGUGUUGAUGACAUGGUACUCUUACCAAAAAUAACUGAAGAUGCAAUUACAGAAAAUCUACGUAAACGUUACAUGGAUGAUUACAUAUUUACAUGUAUUGGUCCUGUUCUUGUUUCAAUAAAUCCGUUCAAACAAAUGCCAUAUUUUGGUGAAAAAGAAAUUUCACUUUAUCAAGGAGCUGCACCAUAUGAAAAUCCACCUCAUAUUUAUGGUCUUGCUGAUGACAUGUAUAGAAACAUGCUGAUUGAUGUUGAAAGCCAAUGCGUCAUUAUCAGUGGUGAAUCUGGUGCUGGAAAAACAGUUGCUGCAAAAUAUAUUAUGGCAUAUGUGUCAAGAGUAAGUGGAGGUGGUGAAAGAGUACAGAAAAUCAAGGAUAUUAUCUUAGAAUCAAAUCCAUUACUCGAGGCCUUUGGCAAUGCUAAAACAAUUAGAAAUAACAACAGCAGUCGUUUUGGUAAAUAUGUUGAAAUGCAAUUUGGAAAUGGUGGUCAACCAACUGGUGGAAAAAUAACAAAUUUUUUACUAGAAAAAUCACGUGUUGUACGUCAUAAUAAUAAUGAAAGAAAUUUUCAUAUAUUUUAUCAACUAGUAUCUGGUGCAAAUGAACAAAUGAAAUCAAAAUUUGGAUUAAAACAUGAACUUCAAUCUUGUGAUUAUUUAAAAAAUUACGAUGGUAAUAUUAGCCGACAACAAAUUGAGCCAAGUGAUGCCAAAGAUUUUCAAGAAACACUUAAAGCAAUGAGUGUAAUGGGUAUAAAUGAAAAUCAAGUAUCAGAUAUUCUCAAGAUUGUUGCUGGUAUUCUUCACAUAGGAAACAUAGCAUUCCAAGAAAAUGGAAAUUACUCAAAAAUUUCGAAUACAAAAUCACUUGAAUUGCCAUCUUUACUUCUUGGAAUUUCAGCAGAGCGGUUAUCUCGUAAAUUAACAUCAAGAGAAUUCGAAUCGAAAUGGGGUAGUCAAUCAGAGAGUGUUGAUCUAACAUUAAAUGUUUCACAGGCAUUAUAUACAAGAGAUGCAUUAGCUAAAGAUAUUUAUACUCGUUUAUUUGAUUAUCUAGUUAAGAGAGUCAACAUAGCAAUGGAAUCAACUGGUGAAUCAUUUGAAAUAGCAAUAUUAGAUAUUUAUGGAUUCGAAAUAUUUGAAACAAAUGGAUUUGAACAAUUUUGUAUAAAUUUUGUUAAUGAAAAAUUACAACAAAUAUUUAUUGAAUUAACUCUAAAAGCUGAACAGGAAGAAUAUAUAUCUGAAAAUAUAAAAUGGACACCAAUAAAUUAUUUUAAUAAUUCAAUUGUCGUUGAAUUAUUAGAAGGCAAAAGACCACCAGGUUUAUUUUUAAUACUUGAUGAUGUUUGUGCAACAUUACAUGGUGGUAGUGAUGAUGCUGAUUUAAAUUUAAAAAAAAAAAUUGAAAAUAAUUCAAGUAAACAUGAACAUUAUCAAUGUACAAUUGAUGGUUUUUCAAUAUUACAUUAUGCUGGACAAGUAACAUAUUGUGUUGAUGGUUUUUGUGAUAAAAAUCGUGAUGUAUUAUUUCAAGAUUUAAUUGAUUUAAUGCAAAAUAGUAAUAAUAAAUUAAUAAAUAUAUUAUAUCCAAUUGAUAAUAAUGAUUUAAAUAAUAAAAAUAAAUAUAAAACAUUAAAAUCAACAAGACCAACAACAGCUGGUAAUAAAAUACGUAAUCAAGCUAGUAAAUUAGUAUCACAAUUAAUGAAAUGUACACCACAUUAUAUACGUUGUAUUAAACCAAAUGAAACUAAAAAAUCAAAAGAUUGGGAUCAAUUAAGAGUUAAACAUCAAAUUGAAUAUUUAGGUUUAAAAGAAAAUAUUAGAGUUAGACGUGCAGGGUUUGCAUAUCGUCGUUUAUUUGUAAAAUUUUUACAAAGAUAUGCAAUAUUAACAAAAGAAACAUGGCCAAUAUGGAAUGGUGAUGAAAAAAUUGGUAUUAAAUUAAUAAUGUCAAGUAUAUUUAUUGGUAGUUCACAAUAUCAACUUGGUACAACAAAAAUAUUUAUAAAAGCACCAGAAACUUUAUUUACAUUAGAAGAACAUCGUGAACGUAAAUUUAAUUAUUAUGCAUGUAUUAUACAAAGAACAUUUAAAAAAUAUUAUACAUGUAAACGUCAGUACAAUGAAAAAUUAAUAGCAAGUGAUAUAUUAUAUGGACAUAAACAAAGAAGAAAAUUAAGUAUUGAAAGAAAUUUUAUUGGUGAUUAUAUUGGUGUUAAUGGUAGACCUGGUUUAAUAAAUAUCAUUGGACGUAGAGAAAAAAUAUAUUAUUCUGAAAUUGUUAAAAAAUAUGAUAGACGUUUUAAAAUUUGUCGUAGAGAUUUAAUAUUAACUGAUAAUUAUAUUUAUCUUAUUGGACGUGCUGUUAUUAAAAAUAAUAAUACAAAUAAUAAAUUAAAUAAACCUGGUUUUAAAAAAACUGAAGAAAUUAUAAAACGUAAAAUAUCAUUUGAUCAAAUAAGUCAUAUUUCAUUAAGUACACUUCAAGAUGAUUUUAUUUGUAUUCAUAUUAAAGAUGAUUAUGAUAGUUUAUUACAAUUAAUAUUUAAAACUGAAUUUUUAUCAGUAUUAAAUAAAAAAUAUUAUGAAAAAAUUUUUUAUAAAUUAAAUAUUAAAUUUACAAAUAAUAUUGAAUUUAAAAUUAAAAAAAAUGGUUGGGGUGGUGGUGGUACACGUCAAGUUAAAUUUGUCGAAACAAAUAUUGGUGAUAAUGAAAUAUUAAAAAUUAAUAAUAAAAUAUUAACAGUUACAAUUGGUAGUGGUUUACCAUCAAUAACAAAACCAACAAGAUUAAUUAUAAAUCAUAAAAAAAAUCUUAAUAAUAAUAAUAGCCAUUUACCAAGAUAUGAAAAUACUCAAUAUAUAAAAUCACAGGUAUCAUCAGAUCCAACACCAACACCAAGAACAAUAAUUAAUCGUCCAGAUUUACCACCAAAUAGACCAACUAGUAUACGUCAAAAUUUACAUGCUAAUAAUUAUGUUAAAAUAAAUCAAAAUAUAAGAGAAAAUAUUGAUAAACAAAAUGAAAGACCAAAAUCAAAUGUUGUACGUGCACCACCACCACCAUCUGAUCCAGCACCACCAAAUCAACCAGUUGUAAAUUCAGCAUAUACCAAUAAUAAAAAAUUUAAUAAUAAUAGUAAUAUUAGUAAUCAAUCAAGUGGAUAUAAUCAGAAAAAUAAUAAACAAUUUAAUGAUACUAAUCAACUACUUGCUGCAACAAUUAAUUUAAAUCAAAAUAGACAAGUACCAUCAAUCAAUACAAAACCAUCAUUACCAAAACUUCAAAAAGUCAUAUCACUUUAUGAUUAUCAUGCUCAAGAUUUAGAUGAACUGGAACUUAAAGAGGGUGAUAUUUUUGAAGUUAUUAAAGAAUAUGAUGGUGGAUGGUGGCAAGGCAGACUAAGAGGAAAACUUGGACUAUUUCCGUCAAAUUAUGUUCAAAAAAUGUAAAAUGAUUUUAGCGAAUGUAAAGUUUUAAAAAU